AUAAAGGGCCGAUUUGUGCCCGCUGCCCGGAGAUGGCGCCUGCUGGCCUGUGGUGGUAGCGCUUUGUCCCGUCUGUUUCCUGGACUGCUCCAUUCCCCGCUUGUCAGCUGGGUGCCUCUGCUGCCAUGCAUCUGUGGCGUCCAGGCUCCUGGGUGGAAGUUAAACGAUAUGGUCGCUGCUUCCUUGUACCCUGGGACCCUCUACAGUUGGAAAAUCACCCCUGGGAUCCCACACAAGUUCUGAGGGAAGCAAUGAGACUGAAACUUCCGCGCCUUCAGACUAGACCUUUCCACGUUUUAACAACAAUAUGCCACUGCCAAAGCUUUAAUAAAACUGGACGCCUGCUAUUAAAGCUGGAUAAUGAAGUUGACAGAACAGCUCACAGAACAGCAAAAUCUUGGAAUUUGUAUGCUCUGAAAACUGCUUCCCCUUGUUUGACAAGUCGACGUGUGCAAGUCAAGAAUUGGCAAUUUCUCCAAGGGAAUGUAUCGGCUUUGGGAAAAAAUGUUUAUCAUCGGAGCUGGGAGGGAUUUUUUCCAUCCUGGAAACCUUUUGGUGUGGCAAUGAUGGAAAACUACAGUCUCCGUACAGAGUGUAUUAAAAAGCUUAGGAACGUAUCAUCAAGAUUUUACUCAGUUGUAUCAGCUGGUAAAAUUAUUCCAAACCCCAGUAACCAGCCAGUUAAGAGGCCACCAAAGGCACCAAGGACCAAGCAGCCAUCCAGAACUAACCAGCCACUACUAUCGGACAUGGAGAAUCUGAUGCAGUGCACAGCCUUUGCAACAGCAGAUGAAUAUCAUCUUGGUAAUCUGUGUCAUGACCUGACUUCACAUGGAUAUGUUGAAAUAACAAGUUUGCCUAGAGAUGCUGCAAACGUUUUGGUGAUUGGGACUGAGAAAUCUGCAAAAGAAGAUGAUCCUGGCAUGAUUUUUUUCUUCAGGGAAGGGGCUGUUGUGUUUUGGAAUGUGGAAGAGAAAAGUAUGAAGAAUGUCAUGCGAGUGCUGGAACAGCACGAAAUUCAGCCAUAUGAGGUUGCACUAGUCCAUUGGGAGAACGAAGAGAUGAACUAUAGGAUAGGAGAAGGUCAGUCAAAGCUUCAUAAAGGAGAAAUCUUGUUAAAUUCUGAGCUGGAUAGUGAUGAAGUUAUUCUGCAGAAAUUUGCUUUUUCAAAUGCCCUUUGUCUUUCUGUAAAGCUGGCUAUUUGGGAAUCGCUAUUGGAUAACUUUGUGGAAUCCAUCCAGUCAAUUCCUGAGAUACUGAAGUCACGAAGGAAGGUGAAACUGUCUCAUGCAGAUGUAAUGCAGAAAAUUGGGGAACUCUUCGCAUUAAGACACCGCAUAAACCUGAGUUCAGACCUGCUGAUAACACCCGACUUCUACUGGGACAGAGAAAAACUGGAAGAGCUUUAUGACAAGACUUGCCAGUUUCUCAACAUUAAUCGCAGAGUUAAGGUAAUGAACGAAAAGCUUCAGCACUGCAUGGAGCUGACAGACCUCAUGCGAAACCACCUGAACGAAAAGCACGCGCUGCGCCUCGAGUGGAUGAUAGUCAUACUCAUCACCAUAGAGGUUCUGUUUGAACUUGCGAGGGUAGUUUUCUGAUGACAGAAGAAACUCAGGGAGAAGAAAAAUGACAAAACCAAAAAGAUGGUAUGGCCCAGAAAAUUCCUGUCUAUCAUAUUCUUUUGGAAAAUAGUGGAAUUGUGUCUGUUGAUAUUUCUGUACAUAUUAUAAUCAAAUAAAAUGUAAAAAAAAAAAUAAAAAAA